AUGUCCAAACAAUACCUAGCCCAACACACCAUAGAUGAUGCCCAUCAAACCGAUAUCUUCGCCAUAACAGCAACACCAGCGCAAAUAAUCACAGGCUCCGGCAGCCCUGAUCUCAAAGUCCAUUCGACAGUUCAAUCGGAUUUUCCUCAAGAGCAAGUCCUCAAAGACGCUCAUCCACUCGGCACCCAUCACGUUACAGUCUCAGCAGAUCACUCAACACUUGUGUCAGUCGGCUUUGGCAGCGAAGCUAAGAUCUGGCGGUUUAGCGAUGGGAUUUGGAAAAGUGCUGGGGACCUUCCUAGUGCCAAGAAAGCAGGUGAACUCUGGGCUGUAGCGCUUGACUCGGAGGGCAAGUAUCUCGUCGGUACGACAUAUGAUGGACGGGUCAACGUUUGGGAGCUGGCGAGGGUCCUUGAUGAGAAGAGCGGAGAGGAAAAGAUCACGGCACAGAAAUUCGUGGAAUGGGAGACCAGAGGAGGAUUUGGUCUGGCUGUUGAUGUCUCCCCCGACAACGCCAUGACAGCGACCUCCCACCCAUCAGGCAACAUUUACCUCUUCAGCACCUCCACAACCCGACUCCUCCACUCUCUUCCAACACAGUCAGCUCCUGUCCGAACGAUAAAGUUCUCCCCAGGCUCGACUCUCCUCGCUGCAGCUGGCGAUAGCACUCUCAUCUCCCUCUACGACGCCAAAUCCGGCGAGACUGUGGCUCUGUUACGUGGCCAUGAUUCCUGGAUUACAAGUUUGGACUGGAGUUACACAGGCGAAUAUCUGGUCAGUGCUAGUCUGGAUGGGAAGGUCAAGAUAUGGAGCGUUGAGACUAGGACGUGUGUAUGCACGAUGACUGAUGGCGAAGGUAGAGGAAUAUGGGGCGUCAAGUGGCUGCCUAAAGGUGAGACGAGUAGUGAAAGAGGAAAGGCUGAGCGGUUUGUGACAGGUGGGAAUGGAGGUAGUGUAGGAAUUUACAGGGAGGCUAGUGGUGCUAGCUAG